CACAUCUGUGCAGAAAAGGCCCCGCAGCUCGGGGGCGUCCGCAGUGUCUCUGGGUCAGCCGGGGUACUUGAUUACGCUGUUAGCUGGGACAGUCGGGGAUAGCAGUCUGCGGGUUCGGGCCGGGGGACCCGCGCAGCCCUCGGGGCAUCUCCCCGCUUCGCUCCCUACCCCGUCCCCCAGGGUCGGGGGAGGCGGCGUGUCCGGCGGAGGGUUGCGGGGCAGGGCUGGAGAGCCAUGAGCAGCCCGGAUGCGGGAUACGCCAGUGACGACCAGAGCCAGACCCGGAGCGCGCUGCCCGCCGUAAUGGCCGGGCUGGGCCCCUGCCCCUGGGCCGAGUCGCUGAGCCCCCUCGGGGAGAUGAAGGUGAAGGGCGAGGCGUCGGCGAGCAGCGGAGCGCCGACUGGGGCCGCGGGGCGAGCCAAGGGCGAGUCUCGCAUCCGGCGGCCGAUGAAUGCCUUCAUGGUGUGGGCUAAAGACGAGCGCAAGCGGCUGGCGCAGCAGAACCCCGACCUGCACAACGCCGAGCUGAGCAAGAUGCUGGGCAAGUCGUGGAAGGCGCUGACCCUGGCGGAGAAGCGGCCCUUCGUGGAGGAGGCCGAGCGGCUGCGCGUGCAGCAUAUGCAGGACCACCCCAACUACAAGUACCGGCCGCGGCGGCGCAAGCAGGUGAAGCGGCUGAAGCGGGUGGAGGGCGGCUUCCUGCACGGCCUCGCCGAGCCGCAGGCGGCUGCGCUGGGCCCCGAGGGCGGCCGCGUGGCCAUGGACGGCCUGGGCCUGCCCUUCCCCGAGCAGGGCUUCCCCGCGGGCCCGCCGCUGCUGCCCCCGCACAUGGGCGGCCACUACCGCGACUGUCAGGGCCUGGGCGCGCCCCAGCUCGACGGCUACCCGCUGCCCACGCCCGACACGUCCCCGCUGGACGGCGUGGAGCCCGACCCGGCCUUCUUUGCCCCGCUGCCCGGGGACUGCCCGGCGGCCGGCACCUACAGCUACGCGCAGGUCUCGGACUACGCGGGCCCCCCGGAGCCGCCCUCCGGCCCCAUGCACCCCCGGCUCGGCCCGGAGCCCGCGGGCUCCGCAAUGUCGGGCCUCUUGGCGCCCCCCAGCGCCCUGCACAUGUACUACGGCGCGAUGGGCUCGCCUGGGGCGGGCGGCGGGCGCGGCUUCCAGAUGCAGCCGCAACACCAGCACCCGCACCAGCACCACCCACACCCGCCGGGUCCGGGGCAGCCGUCACCCCCUCCCGAGGCACUACCCUGCCGGGACGGCGCGGACCCCAGCCAGCACACGGAGCUCCUCGGGGAGGUGGACCGCACGGAAUUCGAACAGUACCUGCACUUUGUGUGCAAGCCCGAGAUGGGUCUCCCCUACCAGGGACAUGACUCUAGUGUGAAUCUCUCAGACAGCCACGGGGCCAUUUCCUCGGUGGUGUCAGAUGCCAGCUCUGCAGUAUAUUACUGCAACUACCCUGACGUUUGACAGGUCCCCAUCUGCCCCAGCCCGCAGGCCAGAAGCAGUGUUACACACUUCCUGGAGGAGCUAAGGAAAUCCUCAGCCUCAUGUUUUGUUUUGUUUUUUUAAGUUGCCUUGGCGUAUAAUUUAUGGUAAUUUAUUUUGUGUGCCACUUGAACAGUUGAGGGGGGGGUUGUGGGGUUUUGUUUAAAAUUACUUCAGAGACUUGUUCCCCAUAGUUGCAUCGUCAAAACCCCAUUUCCAAGUUCAAGUUAACCAGUUUCGGAUGUGUCCCAAAACAACUUGCUCCAUUUCCUGAAAAUUCAUUGAUCAUAGAAAUUUUAUUGUGGGUGUGUUUUUUUCGAUCUUUUUAAAAAUAAAAUCUGGAAUCUUGCUUUUUCAUUCUA